ACCAUCCUAAAUCCCUACAGUUGUCAAAUUAUGUCCAUCCGAGAGGUGAGCUGUGCCUACCUAGCUUUAGGAAACAAAGUCUCAUGUCGCAUAGGCUACUCAUGUUUUCCCCGAUGAACAUGCAAAACAUUCGAACUCUUUGCUUGAUUGUUUGCAUGCUCUCUUACCUACUUGUUGGAGCCGCUGUGUUCGACGCGCUUGAGUCUGAGACGGAAAGUUCCCGAAAGAAAAUGUUGGAGCUUAAACUGAACGAGUUGAAGAAAAAAUAUGGUUUCUCUGAUGAGGAAUACCGCGAAAUUGAAAAGGUGGUUUUACAAUGGGAGCCUCAUCGAGGAGGAAUACAAUGGAAAUUCGCGGGCUCUUUCUACUUUGCAAUCACUGUUAUCACCACGAUAGGCUAUGGGCACGCUGCCCCUGGCACUGAUGCGGGUAAAGCUUUCUGCAUGUUCUACGCCGUCCUGGGCAUCCCGCUGACUCUGGUGAUGUUCCAGAGCCUGGGGGAGCGCAUGAACACCUGCACGCGCUACCUGCUCAGCCGGACCAAGCGCUGCCUGGGGCUUCGCCGCUCUGAGGUCUCCAUGGGCAACAUGGUGCUGAUGGGCUUCCUGUCGUGCCUGAGUGUACUGUGCGUGGGUGCCGGUGCCUUCUCCUACUUCGAGGGCUGGAGCUUCUUCCAUGCCUACUACUAUUGUUUCAUCACGCUGACCACCAUCGGCUUCGGCGACUUUGUGGCGCUGCUCAAGCGCGAGGACUUGCAGACCAACACGGUCUACGUGGCCUUCAGCUUCCUCUACAUCCUGGUGGGGCUGACCGUGAUCGGGGCCUUCCUCAACCUGGUGGUGCUGAGGUUCCUCACCGUCAGCUCAGAGGGGCUGCAGGCAGCAGCGGUGGAGGAGGCAGGAGAGGGAGGAAGAGGAGGAGGAGGAGGAAGGCGGAGAGGGGAAGGGGGGAACAUGGGAAAGGAGGGAGGUGACCUGGAGAAGGGUCGGGGUGCUCUGGCUGCGGGACACAGGAAGGAGGAGGAGACAGAACAGGCCUCUCAACCGCCAGGUGCGGUGGAGAACGGAUCGUGCCGGAACAGCAGCCUGUCCUUGCCCGCCGACAGGGGCAGCAGCCGCGCCAACCUCAUCCCAUCCCCCGAGAACCCUCGAGGGUCAACCUUGAAGAGGAAGAAGAGGAUGACCCCGGCUCGGCCAUCACCGGCCCGUCUCCUCUCAUUCUGCUCGGCCGCCUGCUGCCAUCGCCAUGGUCAGACCGGGGAGAGAAGCCCACUGUCCUCCCAGCAUGAGCUGCAAAGUGGAGGAGGAGGAGGAGGAGGAGGAGGAGGCCAUACCAAUCCCGUCUUCUACAACUCCAUCUCCUACAGGGUGGACGGAGCUCCCACCUCCCACGACUCCUGGGCCUCCUCUUCCCCGAGUGGCUCCCUGUGCCUGCGGCAACACUGCACCUCCAUCCACACAUACGCACGCAGAAGGUCUGUCUAGCGGCAGGAGGUCUGCGGCAACGCAGGAGGUCUGUCUAGCGGCAGGAGGUCUGCGGCAACGCAGGAGGUCUGUCUAGCGGCAGGAGGUCUGUCUAGCUGGACCAAACACAUGCCUUUCCUUUUCAUUCCCAUUCAUUUCAUUCAUUUAGCGAACUCUUCUAGUCAAAGUGACUUACAGAACAGAUGGGCAUUUUCAUGAGUAUGUCUGCUCUCUGGGUACUGAAUCCUUGUGUUUAGCCCUUUGCUCUGCGACUUGCUCCAAUAACAUGUGGUUUAUCAUGUUUAAGUCAUAUGACAUGACAUGAAAGAAACACUUGCUAUAGAUGAUGUAAUAUUGUACUUUUCACAUUUUGAAGAAGUUCUUUUUUUCUGUUUUACACACACAAUUGUAUAGAUUUGUACAGAUGUUUUGUACAUUGGGAGUAUUUAUGAUUAAAUGAUGGGUUAUGCAUUGUUUAGGUCUGGACAUGUCAUCAAGUUCAAGAUGCCUUAUCUGUAUUGUUUCGUCAUUUGUUUUUCAUCAGAUCUCUAUCACGAGUCAGCACCCAAAUUUAGCCUGUUAAUGAGGACCACAGCCAUGAAUAAAGCCUUCUCAUCCAAUUAGAGGAUAUUUAAAUUAUAUCUUGUUUUAAAAUGAGAGGACGGGCAAGAGCAAAAGAGCUAAGAAUUAAACAUUUAUCUGGAUACUUUGAUGUUCACAGAAGACUUGGGGAAAAUGUUAGAAAAUGCAGCAGGGUGAUGGUAGUCUGAAAUAUCUUCCAUUCCUUGUUUUCCAUAUUGUUUUGUUCAAUGUGCAGUUUGGGUGUUCCUGUUGGGUGUUUCAACAUUGCCUUUCUGGAUUUCUCACCGUUCCUCUUAUACCCAGACUCACUGAUGAAAGAGCGUACCUAAAAAGUAGUGAUUUCCCCAGCCACAGACUUCCAUUUUG